UCUCGCUCAUCUGCCAGACUCCUGUCUUUGCCCGGCGGCAGUGCAGCGGAGGCCGAGCGUGGCGCCAGCAGCUCUCCGGGAAAGUGGAGCGCCGACCUUCGGGAUGCCGCUGCUGCUGCCGCUGCCGCUGCUGCUGCCGCUGCUGCUUGCGCUGGAUGCCUCCCGGGCAGCGCGUCCCCACGACUGGCUGAACCGCCAGAGACGGAGCAGCCCGCGGGAGGAGGAGGGGGAGGGCCUGCGGGAUCGCGCCGCGGGAGCUCCGGAGGCGGCUUCCUUGCUUAGCACCUCUUUCGUCCUGAAAGGUGACGCGGCUCACAACCAAGCGAUGGUGCAUUGGACAGGCGACAAUAGCAGCGUCAUUCUGAUCCUUACCAAGUAUUACCACACUGAUAUGGGCAAAGUGUUGGAGAGUUCUUUGUGGAGGUCCUCAGAUUUUGGAACAUUAUAUACUAAAUUAAACCUACAGCCUGGAAUUGUUACAGUCAUUGAAAAUUUCUACAUCUGUCCUGCUAACAAGAAGAAGAUAAUUCUUGUAAGUUCUUCCCACAAUGACCUGGACCAGAGUCUUUUUAUUAGUACAGAUGAAGGUGCUACUUUUCAAAAGCAGGCCAUUGAUUUUUUUGUGGACACACUGAUAUUUCAUCCAAAGCAGGAAGAUAAGGUGCUUGCCUACACCAAGGAGGGACAGCUCUAUGCAUCUCUUGAUUUGGGAAUAAAAUGGACUCACGUACAAGAUCACGUGUCAAAGGAUCAUAUUUAUUGGGCUGUUGAUGGAGUUGAUGAAGACCCUAAUUUGGUUCAUAUGGAAGUCCAGGAUCCAAAUGGAGGUUCUAACUACAUGACCUGUCACUUUCAGAACUGUUCUGAAAAGUCAGUGAGAUUUCCCUUCAAUGAUAGGAUUGACAAGAAUUCCUUGACAGUACAGGAUGACUACAUAUUCCUUCAGGUAUCUUCAGGAAACCAAACAAAAUACUAUGUUUCUUACCAUCGGAAUGAAUUUAUACAGAUGAAAUUGCCAAAGUAUGCAUUGGCCAAGGAUUUACAGAUUAUCAGCACUGAUGAGAGCCAGGUGUUUAUAGCUAUCCAGGAAUGGUAUCAAAUUGACACAUAUAACCUCUAUCAGUCCGACCCACAGGGCAUCUCCUAUUCCAUUGCAUUAGAGAAUGUCAGGAGUACCAAGCAACCUGAGGAGAAUGUAUUAAUAGAUAUUUUGGAGGUUAAAGGUGUCAAGGGAGUGUUUUUGGCCAAUCAGAAAAUAAAUGGAAAAGUUACCACUCUUAUAACGUUCAAUAAAGGCCGUAACUGGGAUUAUCUAAUGCCUCCAGCUACUGAUAUGAAUGGUAAACCAACUGACUGCAAACCACCUGAUUGCCACCUUCAUCUUCAUCUGCGCUGGCCAGACAAUCCAUAUGUGUCAGGGAUGGUUCAUACUAAGGAUACAGCACCAGGACUCAUAAUGGGGGCAGGAAAUCUGGGUGCCCAACUUGUGGAAUAUAAGGAAGAAAUGUAUAUAACAUCUGACUGUGGCAAAACAUGGAGACAGGUUUUUGAAGAAGAGCAUCAUAUCUUGUACCUGGAUCAUGGUGGUGUGAUUGUGGCCAUCAAAGAUACAUCUAUUCCUCUGAAAAUACUCAAAUUCAGUGUAGAUGAAGGUCAAACUUGGAGCACUCAUAAUUUCACAAGUAUCUCAGUGUAUGUGGAUGGCCUACUUAGCGAACCUGGGGAUGAGACUUUAGUCAUGACAGUGUUUGGACACAUCAGCUACCAGUCAGACUGGGAGCUAGUGAAGGUAGAUUUCCGUCCAUCUUUUUCCCGAGAAUGCACUGAUGAAGACUAUGAAUCAUGGGACCUGACAAGUCUGCAGGGCGACCAUUGCAUCAUGGGCCAGCAGAGAACCUUCCGGAAGAGGAAGAAUUCAUCGUGGUGCCUUAAAGGGAGAAACUUUAUGUCGGCACUUUCUUCUAAAGUUUGUGAAUGUAGUUCUUCUGAUUUCUUAUGUGAUUAUGGAUUUGAACGUUCACUGCCAAAAUCAGAGCCCAGCACGUGCUUUGCUGACUUUUGGUUUAACCCUAAAGCCCCUCCUGAAGACUGUAUCACAGGGCAGUCCUACAGAAGUAGCACAGGAUACCGUAAAGUUAUAUCUAAUGUAUGUAAAGGAGGUGUGGAUUUACAGAAAAAUUCUUCUCAGCACAUGUGUCCACUGACUGCUCCCAAAGGAUUGCAGAUCAGCAUUAAAGGGGAAAGCCUUGCCAUUAAGCCAGGAGAAUAUGUCACCUUUGUUGUCAAACAAAAUCAGGGAGAUACUUUAAACACCAAAUACCAAGUGAACUUUGGAGAUGGCAUUAAGGCAAAUUAUAUGAACCUGACUUUGAUAGGUGAAACUUUUCAACACCGUUAUGAAAAUCCUGGGGUUUACCGUGUCUCUGUGUUGGCAGAGAAUGCUGCUGGCCAAGAUGAAGCAGUUAUAUUUAUUCAGGUUCAUUCUCCACUGCAGGCUUUACAUCUUGAAGUAGUUCCUGUUAUUGGCAGAAACCAGAAGGUAAAUCUGACAGCCAUCAUCCUGCCAAGGAACUCUAACUUUACCCUUUUUUACUGGUGGAUUGGAAACAAUCUUCAGCCAGUUCUUUCACUGGAAAAUUUCUUGGCAACCAGUUUUGCUGAAGCAGGCAAAGUCAGAGUUACACUUCAAGCUUCUUGUGGAAAUUCCAUGCUCCAAGAUUCCAAGAUUAUCCAAGUUUUGGAUCAUUUUCAAGUACUUCCAUUAAGGUUUUCUGAACAUCUAGAUUUAUACAACCCAAACAUACCUGCCUGGCGGGAGGAUGUUGGUCAUGUGGUAACACAACGGAUUGCCCAGGAAACAGGCUUACCCGAAGAAAGCCUUGUGACAGUGAUAAAACCUGGGCUACCCACCACGGCUGACUUUUAUAUGCUUCUGUCUACAAACCACCCUCAAGGAAAGAAAACUGUAUUCAGUGAUAAGCGAUUAGCAGCUAUUAAGCAAUCUCUGAAUGCCCAAAACAUCAGUUUCUUCAUGAGAGGAGGAAAAUGGGUUCUUGUGAUGUUAGGGAGUUCUGAUUCAGAUUCUCAGAGCAUCAGAGGAGGCAAUGGGUAUUGGGUGAUAAUGGUUCUCUUUGUCAUUUCACUUGUGGUAAUAGGAGCUAUCAUCCUCUACAAGUUUAAAAGGAAAUUACCAGGGAGAAAUGUCUAUGCUCAGAUGCAAAAUGAAAAAGAACAAGAGAUGAUCAGCCCUGUAAACCACAGAGAGGAUACCCAAAAUACCCAGGGGGAAGAAUUCAUUGAUGAUGACCUUGAUUGUCAAACAUUAGGAAAUGCAAGAGUGACUCCUUCUGGGAGAGGUGGAAACUUGAACAGCUACAGAGUUCCCUUACUGCUGAUGGCAGUCAGUGUCCAGUCCCAGGCAAUCUCUCAGGCAUGGUUCUGAGCAUUAGUUCCAGGGAAAUGCAGAGUUACCUGGUUAGCUGAUACAACUGAACCUAUAUACAAGAAUCUUCUACUGGGGGUCCCUCCUUUCCUCUCUGAAGAAUUCACUACUAGUGGGAAGGAGACUGUCUCGAAGAUACAAACAGCCAUGCAUUACUUGGAAAACGAGAUAAUAUGCUUUGUGUUCAUGGCUGCUGACCUCAGACUAAGAUAGCAGAUCUGUAGCCCUAGGCAUGUUUGCAACCACUGUGUCUGUCUCUGGGUCCCUUGGGUUAUUUAUGUCCACUUAGUCAAACUCAUUUCAGACUUUGUUCACUGUGGUGGCAUCAGGCUGCCAUUCUUAAGGCAUGAAAGCUAGUUUUAAAAUAGUUGAAGCAGAAAUGGGUGAAUAUUUGGGAUUUUUUUCCAAGUAAAACAGCAACUUGGAUCUGAUAUGGCACAAUUCAGAGGGGAUGCAUUGAAGAGAUAGGGUGAUUACUCACUGGCAUACCUCUUUGGGCCCACUGGAUAUCUAGCUAACAUCUUCUGUUUCAGAAUAUAAAAGCUGAUUCUGAUGUUAGAAAAUGAGUUGAAGCCUUUUGUAUUUGUAUAUAUAUCACCAAAAGAAGCUCUCUACUUUGUUUUGCCCCCAGGUCAGGUUUGUCCUAUUCUGACACUCCCACCUUUCUGUCAGUGUCCCACUAGACUGCCUGUUGGUUUGCAACCCACGUAAUUAGACAUUAAACAGCUUGGGCUGCCUUACAUUUUCUUUUGUUUCCAGAACAGCAAGUGUAAUUACUUUUUAAAAUUUCAGUAACCCUUUUUUGUAUCUUUUUACACUUUCUAUUUUUAUAGCUAUAAAGGCAUUCUUAUCUCAGGAUAAUGCUGUCAAAGCAGCAUAUUUCAAAUUUGCUAUUUUAUUCUUUCUCCUAUUUCUACUUCGGGGCUGAACGAACUAAAAAUAUCACUGCCUUGGAUGUGUUUGACAAUCUGGUGAAUCAAACCUAAGGAUUAAUUCCAUUUAAAUAAUUGCACUUUUUCAAUUUCAUCCCUAAAUGUCACGCAUCAUUUUUCAGACUGGAGUUAAGCAAAGUCUUACUUUCAUAGGCAGGAACUUAUUUCUGUUGUUAUUUAGAAGACGUGCAAGUUUAAAUAUGUAUAUGCUUGUCUUACCACAGUAAUUUCAUGGAGCAAAAGGUGCGCCCAAACUGGUGAUACUUGCUCAGAGAAGUCACAUGUAGAAAACUAACCACAAAGUAGUCUAGAAAUAGUACACAUGUAAGUGCACAUUUAGAGAGGGUUUCUGAAUAGCCGUGAACGAUCCAUAUGAAUCGGUUGUGCUGCACUUAUUGUAUGUAUUAGAUGACUCCAAGGCGCCAAUGAAUUCUUUCCACUAAAAGCACAUUCCAUUUUGUGUUGAUAUAUUUUGUUCUCGUGCAUGCACGAAAGCAAAUACUGCAGUACUGUGUCAAGCACAAUGCAUUCAGGAACAGAUCACUCCAGUGGAUAUAAUGCUGCUGGAAACGAAUGGCAACAUUUAUUUGCCACCUGCUCAGGAUCUCUCUGUCUGUCUAUGCAGCAGAGCUCCUAGUGGCCUGCAUAUUUUCUUAUAGAAGAGCAACAUCUCCCCACUGCCUUACCUGUACAGAGAAUAGUAGCAGUUGAAAAGAUAUGGAAAUGCUUAAAGGAAAGAGGAGGCUCCUCAUAAAGCAUUUCUAUGCUUUGGUAUUUUGGAAUGUUGCAUUAAGGGACUGAGCUCUUCAUUCUACUACUCAUGGUUUUGCUGGCACUGAAAAGAAACAAAUCUCCAUGGUUUAGGUGGUGAAAAAGAACUGGUCCACAAUAAUUGGGACACAUGUUUAAAAAGUAACCCUAGCAAUGCAGCAGGAAGGGUGGAUUGCAAAUCUAGACUCCGUGUUUUACAAAUCUGUAAGUGAUCAGCAGUGAAAAGUGUCCAUUUACUAUCACAGAAUGAACAUCUGAUUUUGUUGUUUUCCUAAAGUGAAAACCGUGUUUCUAGCUCUGCUUUUCCACUACUAAAAAUAGAAAGAGUUAAAUGAAGGGUGUGCUUGUUUGAGAUGUGAUUUUACUUUAUUGCUGUUCAGCAAACGUAAUGUUAGAAUAUCCCAAAACUCACACUUUCUGUUUACUUGUAGAAGACAGUGUCCAUUUUAAGGUGGGGGCAUACAGUUCUGUCUAUUUGUGGUUAUGGUAGACUGAGCUACAACUUCCUAUUAGCUUUAGUGGAGGGAGCAGUUCCAUCUGCACAGAUUACUGUUUUCAUAUUGCCAAUCCUUAUCAGAAUGGGGGGCACUCACUUCAAUACCUUCCGGACCUUAUUGCAUGUAUUUACUCCCACCAUCUAAGUUCAUUAAAAGGCCCCUAGGUUUAAUGUU